AUGUUGUGUCAAUAAGUUUAAGGUGGAGAGAGCAAGGCUGGGGGUGGUGGUGGCGGGGAGGAGGAAGGCCUUGGCUGGUUAAAGUCUCCUUUCUGAAGGUCACUAUCAUAUGACAAAGGCUUUGCCGCAGUUCAUCUUCUUCCAGUGUACUUUCCAUUUGCCUUCCUGGGUCCCACUGGCCAGUGACCAGUUUGCCCCCACUGUAAUACCUAACCUCUCCAGAGCCUUCCUGCUGGCUUCCUGGCUCAUGGCAGACAGAAUCCUGCUGCAUCACGGAAGCUGGGAGUUCUGAUGUUCCAUUGACAUCACAAUGGAAAGUCUUGACCUGACCGCUCUUGCCAGUGAUGCAUCUGUACGAGGGUAAUGCAGGUUAUCCUGCAUGAGUAAUGGACCCAGAUUUCCACUUCUCUGACUCUGUGGUCACAGUAAUGAAAGGCAGUAAUAGAAAUAAAGAUCAUUCAGCAGAAGGAGAAGGGGCUGGAAAACGACCAAAGCGGAAGUGUCUUCAGUGGCAUCCACUGCUGGCCAAGAAACUUCUUGACUUUUCAGAAGAGGAGGAGGAGGAAGACGAAGAGGAGGAUAUUGAUAAGGUUCAACUUCUUGGGGCUGAUGGCCUAGAGCAAGAUGUUGCUGAGACUGAAGAUGAUGAAUCACCAGAGCAGCGAGCCCGGAGACCAAUGAAUGCAUUUCUCUUAUUUUGCAAACGCCAUCGCUCCCUUGUCCGUCAGAAACACCCCAGGCUUGAUAACCGAGGUGCUACCAAGAUACUGGCUGAUUGGUGGGCUGUUCUUGAUCCAAAGGAAAAGCAGAAAUACACAGACAUGGCCAAGGAGUAUAAAGAUGCAUUUAUGAAGGCAAAUCCUGGCUACAAAUGGUGUCCUAGCACAAACAAGCCUGUGAAGUCCCCAACACCCACUGUCAAUCCACGAAAGAAACUAUGGGCCUUCCCAUCUGACUCUUCAAGAGACUUGCCAAGCCCCAAGAAAGCAAAGACUGAAGAAAUGCCUCAACUUAACUUUGGAAUGGCUGAUCCUACUCAAAUGGGAGGACUGAGUAUGCUGCUUUUAGCUGGAGAACGUGCGCUUGGCACAUCAGAGAUGUCCUCUGGCUCCUGCAGGCCUGAUGUUUCAGAAUCCCCUGAAUUGCGUCAGAAGUCACCAUUAUUUCAGUUUGCUGAGAUAUCUUCAAGUACAUCCCACCCCGACGCUCCUUCAAAACAGUGUCAAGCAUCAGCCUUGUUUCAGUUUGCAGAGAUUUCUUCAAACACUUCGCAGUUGGGUGGUGCCGAACCUGUAAGACGCUGUGGAAAGUCUGCACUCUUUCAACUAGCAGAGAUGUGCCUGGCAUCAGAGGGGGUGAAAAUAGAAGAAUCCAAGCUAAUAAAAACAAAAGAAUCAGAUGGCGGAAGAAUUAAAGAAUUGGAGACAGGGAAGGAAGAAAGAGAGAUAAAAAUGGAGAAAACAGAUGAAGCCAGAUUACAGAAGGAAGCAGAAUUUGAAAAAUCUUUUAAGGAAAAUGUAAAAGAUUCUAAGGAAUUAAGAAAUUUUGAGGAGCUGCAAAUGGAUGAUAUAAUGGCUAUAAAAAUGGAAGAUCCCAAAGAAAUUAAAAAGGAAGAAUUAGACAAAGAUCAAAAGUAUAGUCAUUUCUCUGAUUUUUCUUACUCUGCCAGUAGCAAGAUAAUAAUAAGUGAUGUUCCCAGUAGAAAGGAUCAUAUGUGCCAUCCUCAUGGGAUUAUGAUCAUUGAGGAUCCCUCAGCAUUAAACAAGCCAGAGAAGCUAAAAAAGAAAAAGAAGAAAAGCAAAAUGGAUCGACACGGAAAUGAUAAAUCCACACCCAAGAAGACUUGCAAAAAGAGGCAGUCCUCAGAGUCUGACAUCGAGAGUGUCAUAUACACCAUUGAAGCUGUCGCAAAGGGAGACUGGGGCAUUGAGAAACUUGGAGAAACCCCUCGCAAGAAGGCACGUACAUCCUCAAGUGGCAAGGGAAACAUUUUGGAUGCCAAGCCACCAAAGAAAAAAGUGAAAUCAAGAGAGAAGAAAAUGUCAAAGGAGAAAUCCUCAGACAUCACCAAAGAGUCAAGACCUCCAGAUUUCAUAAGUAUUUCUGCCAGCAAGAACAUUUCUGGUGAGGUGCCAGAGGGUAUAAAAGCAGAACCAUUGACCCCCACAGAGGAUGUGUUACCACCCAGCUUAUCAGGACAGGCCAAGCCUGAGGAUAGUGAGUGUCACAGAAAAAUAGAGACUUGUGGCUCCCGGAAAUCCGAGAGGUCUUGCAAAGGUGCUCUUUAUAAAACCCUGGUGUCUGAGGGCAUGCUCACCUCUCUGAGAGCUAAUGUUGACAGAGGGAAACGAAGCUCAGGAAAAGGAAACUCCUCCGAUCAUGAAGGGUGUUGGAAUGAAGAAAGCUGGACCUUUAGCCCAAGUGGGACCAGUGGGAGCAAGAAGUUCAAGAAGACAAAGCCGAAGGAAGACUCUCUCCUUGGCUCAGCAAAGCUGGAUGAAGAAUUUGAAAAAAAAUUCAACAGCCUCCCUCAAUAUAGUCCUGUUACAUUUGACCGGAAAUGUGUACCUAUCCCAAGAAAAAAGAAGAAGACUGGAAGCAUGUCCUCAGAACCGACUAAAACCAGCAAAGGUUCUUUCCAGUCUCAGAAAAAGAACUUAUUCCACAAAAUUGUCAGCAAAUAUAAGCACAAAAAGGAGAAGCCUAAUGUUCCAGAAAAAGGAAGUGGGGAUAAAUGGUCAAACAAGCAAUUCUUCUUGGAUGCCAUUCACCCUACAGAAGCCAUAUUUACAGAAGACAAAAACACCACAGAGCCUGCUCAUAAGGUUAAAAAUGCCCCAUCCAUUCCCAACACUCCAGAGCCAACAGCAACGCAAGAACCCCUGGUGGGCAGCCAAAAGAGAAAAGCAAGGAAAACCAAGAUCACACACCUGGUCAGGACAGCAGAUGGCCGGGUGUCACCAGCAGGAGGUACUUUGGAUGACAAACCAAAGGAACUGCAGAGGAGUCUCCCUAAAGUCACGGAGACAGGCUGCCAUGACGCGUGCGCACACAGCAGCGAGGCCGCGGAGACACGGAGCAGCACUCCCGAGAUGCCCGCCGUGUCUGCGUUCUUCAGUCUGGCUGCGCUGGCUGAAGUGGCCGCCAUGGAAAACGUGCACAGAGGUCAGAGGUCAACUCCGCUCACCCACGAUGGACAGCCAAAAGAAAUGCCACAGGCUCCCGUACUUAUUUCCUGCGCUGACCAGUGAAGCGCCCUUCAAUUGUAAAACAUUGUGCUUUACCUACUACCCUAGCCUUGUCUUUACCGAGGGAUGCUAGUGAGUUCAUGUGGGGGGAAAUAUAGACUGCAAACAAGUGCUUGUUGCCCUACAUGGCCCAGAUUCACUUGAAGCAGAAGUUAGCCUCCUGGGCCCAUUUGUUCGUUCAGAACCCAGAGUCUUUGUGGGUGAUGUUCUCUGUCUGAUAAUGAGCAGAAAUGGAAUGAUCCUGGAGCUUUGCUUUCUAUUGAAGGCUGUUGACGGUAAUAGGUGGUAACUUGGUAAAAGACUGCCUUUACUGUAGCUCAUCCAGCAUCUCUUUUACCAACCAGAGAGUGUGAAACUAGUUUCAUAUAUUACCUAGUUAUUCUUUCAAAACAAAAACAAAAAAACAAAAACAAAAACUGACGCACUGCACUAGUUAUUAUUAGAUAUUCUUAGUCUUUUUUGUACAUGGAGAUUUAAGUUCUAAGAUGGUUUAUAUAAUAGGUUAUACCUACAUUUAUAUUGUAGAAUAAUAUUAAAAAGCCUGUUCCGAGACUCCCACGCAGCAUGGGCAGGCAGAUGUACCAUUGUUAGCGGUGUAUGCUCGGCCUCGUGGUCCAUAUAUUCUGCACUUUUAUAUUUGCCACCAGAGCGGUAGUUUGCUGGCAAAAAAAAAAAAGAGAGAGAGAGAGAGAGAGAGAGAGAGAAAUUACAAUUCUUAACAAGCUGAAUUUUUUUCUUAGCCUUGAGUGACCAAGAAUAAUUUGCUUGGGGCAAAUUGUGGCAAAUAUUUACCUGGACAGGGGAAGAGUCCUACAGAUUACAGAUUACUGAUGUUUUCAUGCCUUGAGGAUUCUUUUAUUUUUACACAGGGGUCUAAGUGGGUCUAAGUGACCAAUGGAUCGUUCAUACAAACAAACAAAAAAAAGAGAAAAAUAUUAUUCAGAAGUGACCUUAGUAUUACUUCACUAUUCUGAACACAUUGAAGACACUCACUUCAUGUGGACUUGGAGCCACAGACCUUUCCAUCCAUCCCAGACAGACUGGACGGGUAGCAAUUGCUAUGCACAGCCUCGUCGGCGCUGCAGGUGUUUAGAGCCAUUUCGAGUUUGUGUUGUUAAGGAGGUAUUGAGUCACUGAUACCGGAGGUAUGCCUGACCAGAGUGGGACUCAGUCACAGGCCCACCUGCAAGUUUCUGUUUCCUUUCUGUGUUUUGUUGCUUUUGAACAUAAAACCCACCAUACAUAUGCCAGUGCCGAGUGGAUUAACUGGCUUUGAACAUUCAGCAUAUUGACUUAACCACCUGAUGUUCACAGUGUCUUGUUUCCUAGCAACAGAUGCAAAGUGAUAAAUCCAAAUUAGUCAGAGGCUACAGAUUUUACAGGGUAUUUCUUCCAUAGCACAAAGUAUCUCCCCACUCUUGCAUCGCAGCACAAACUACCAAAUUUCAAUGAUUGGAUUCCAGCAAUAAUUUUUAUUGGUUUUCAAACUGGCGGGAUUUUGAUAGUGUUAGUUCAGGUUUGAAGCUUUUGAAUUAGAUCUCUAAAUGGUGACAGUUUACAGGUUUUAUCUAGCUUUCUUAUUUAUACUUGACUGAAUUGUAAUGAUGAUUUUUUUCUAAUCGUAAUUUGACCUAAUAGCCAUAUAAAAAGUGACUCUAUUAAUACUGACUAGGUUUAGCUUUUCAUGGUUGUAGAUAUUACUUCAGUUUCGGUGCUGGAAAAUAUGUACAACAUACUAACAGAAUGGAAGACUCUAGAGGGGUUUUUUCAAAGCAGGCAAAGAGGGCAGUAGAGCAUCGGUGUGACACUCUCAAAGAUGCACACUCAUUGUGCAUCUAUGGAGGAAGAAGGAAUUAGUAAGCAAGGUUAAUCAGCUUUUAUAGCUUAACCCCAGUCACAUAGAAAUAAAUCAGGUGAGCAGCCCCAAAUUUCAGCAUAGCCUUUUUACUACGAUGCUGUUUUAUUAAUGUUUUCUAAAUCUCAAAACACAAAUUGAAUGUUUGGAAAUUGCUGGGUCCCAGUGUUGGUGGCUGUUAGGAGUUUUUGGACCACUUGCUAGCAGUGAUUUUAAAAUUAUUAUUAGCUAAAAUCCAAAAAAAUAAACCCAAACAAACCAACAACAAAAAUUGUGUGGUGCAGAACAUGCAUCUUGACAAUGGUACUAACUUGUUAUUCUAUAGAACAUGUUAGAAUAGGUCUAUUUUUGCCAGAGCACCCUCCUUCUGUCCUCCAAUUACAUUUCACUAGAGUUCCUCAAGAGAUUGCUGUAUAUUCAUGGGACCUUUUUUUAAAAAGAAGCAAAACAAAAGAUUGCUUUUUUCUAUGUGAUUACUAUCUUACUUGAUCUGCUUUUCCUAAACCUCAGUGGCUUUUCCCUUAGGCAGGGUGGGAGUGGGAGGGCAACCUACUGGAUAUGACUGUUUUCAGAUACUUAAAAAAAAACACACAAAAAAAACCCCCCACCUUUUUGUAGAAAUGCUUAAUUUUUAAGCAGUUAGGCACUGAGAGUAGCAGAAAUCCUGCAAAGCUUUAUAGUUCUUUAGACACUCGCCUUGUUGUUUCUCUGAGUGCAAGUCUUGAUUUCAAUACUAGUGCUUUUCUCAUGCCCUGAACCCGCUGGAGAGGGGUGUUGGUAUAUUCAGGUAACAACAUUUGUUAGCACAAAUAUUUCAGACCAACAUGUAGUCCCCACCCCCCACUUAUCAUUUUCAUUUCAUUUCUCUCAUUCUUCUUUAUUUUGGAAAAUCAAUCGUAUUGCUAUAGUGUGUACUUUAAUCUGCCAGCAAACACCAUCUACACUAACCUUUGUCCCAUAAGCAUCCUCAAGAGAAGAAGUUGUUGCACCUUAUGUAUAUCUCAAGCAAACCAAAAUACGAUGCUCUUCUGCUCUGUUGUAUUCUAAAUCGUUGUAUCAUAUCUUUCUGAAACCAUUCUGAAUUUAGUUGAAAUUAUCAGUAUUUAUACUUUUAACCUUAAUUUCUGGAUUCAAACCUGUAUAUAAAUAUUUUGAAAAAAAUUGUCCUAGCCCUUCUCUGUGAUGCUGGAAGUGGAUAGUUUAGUCUCUGAUGGAGACAGUACUAUUCCAGUUUCCUUUUGCCUUUUAUUUAUUUAGUUACUCUGGGUAUUUCCUAUGUAAUUUUGAAGUGUGUAGAGUAUAUUAUAGUAACUGAAGCUACAGCUCUAAGAAGCUGAGUGAAAGAAAAAAUACUGUAAGACACCCUUUUAAGUUUGCAUUUGUUUGGAUACUGUAAUGAGAUCAGGAAAAGGAAAAGUGUCCCACCGCCAUGGUGAAGAUACAGGUUCUUAUCCCCAAAUUAGGUUAGUUCCCAGAUUUUUAGAUCCAAAGUGUUAAUUCACUAAAAACCCCUUUAAAGGCUAAAUCAUACUGUUGUAAUCCUGACAAAAUUCUAUCAGAAAUAUAUUUAUUUAAGUCUAUCAGAUGAGCUUUCUACCAAUGCCAUCUCAAAGCCGAAAUGCUGACAUUCCCACGUUAUCACUGAUACUCUAGUUCCUGCCAUUAAAACUGCUGGAGGGAAACAGUGACGGCACACUACGGUCGAGGAGCAUCGGAACUGGCCUGGAUGCUGGGACCCAGGGUGUCUAAUCCGUCAUGUUCUUACUAAGGCAGGUGCCACUCUGUCUAAGUCAUCCACAGGCACUCCGCAGUAUUUGGCUCUUCAUAGGACAGUAUUUACACCUAUGUUAAAGCUAAAGCAAAUUUUAAAUUGAUACAGAACCAGGAGGAAGCUGACACUGAAUGACAUCUUUUGUUUCUACAGUAUGUGUGUGGGGGGCGGCGGGAGGGGCAAUACCCAAUAGCUCUGUUCCAAGUUUGGCAUUGGGCAUUAAUGUGAAGCAGUGGGACCAUGCUGCCUGCUAAACUACUGUAUGAACCCUAAGUGUUCUGGAGACCAGCAGCUGGAGGCUGGAGGCCAGCGCCCACACCCCGGGGGAAGCACCCUCUUCGCUGGGAGAGAGGGAGGAGGACACACGAGGCCCGGAGUCCUCAUUUGUAAGGGGAACGUGGGGGUGUAUGCGAUACUAGGGAGGAGAUUCUCCUUUGACUGCACUGCUCCACGGAGCCCUCAGAUAAGGCCAAUUCUAUUGGGCUACCUCGGCUUUACAAGUUAAUUUCAGUUAAGUCCUGUUUUGAAGGUUUGUCUUGUUUUGCUUCUACCUUCAGUGCCACUAUUUUCCACUGCAGUGUUUUGACUUCACAAACCGCCUUCUCCAGAGAGAACAGUGUAUUGCCGAAAGUGGGCAGUAGAAGCAAAUGCUGUUACAUUUGACCUAUAAAGUAUUCAGUGACUGCUAGGUGGAAAUUGAAUGUUAGCUUUCCCCACAUAGGACCUUGUCUUGCACCUUACGAAGAGUGUACUAAUUGUUAAUUAGAUGUUGCUUUUAUUUAUACAAGCAUUCCCAAAGAAUUAGACUUGGAGUUUGUUUUUGAGUUUCAGGAUUCUUAAAAAUUAUUUUACUUAGAUUCACUAACAUUAUACUUAAAAUAAAAAAUAAACAGUUUGUUCAGUUCCUCUUACCGGAUACUUCUGGUGAAGGGUUCAGGGUUGGAUGGACUGCUUUGCUUUAGUUUGGAAGUGAUAGCUGAGUUUAUUAUGCUCCAUAAUAAAUGACCUUGUCCUUUUCACUGGGGACGUUAUCUUCCUUACAUUUCAGAACAAAGAAGCAACAGAACAGUAAAUCAAGACAAAUAGAUCUGAUUCUGUCAUACACCUCCAUCUGUUUGUGCUAUGCUUUUCUUUAAAAAUUAUAAAUACACAUAUUCUUUAAAAAGACAAAACAAAACACAGUUUCCUCUCUUGGCCAAAUUUUAUGUGUGGUGGUAUGAUUUGUACUAAUAAAUUAGAAGAGGAAACCUUGUACUUAUAAGUUCUGUGGCCACUGUUUUCUUGUUGCAGUCAGUGGUCAGAAUUGAUCCUGCCCUCAAAUUGAUUUUUAUGCACAGUUAGUUGUUGUGACCAUAACUACUACUUCCAAAGAUUUCCUAAUAUCUUAGGUCAGAACUGGUUACUGAGUAACAAGAACCUAAUUCAAUGCCUCCAAACCCUCCCACCCACACCACAAAUCUUACCUCACAAGCUCUAAAUCACAAAGGCGCGCUUGCUUCACAGACUAACACAGCUCUCACCGGCCCCCCCAGGGGCUGGAUCGGGUCCCCGACACCUCGUGCCAGUGCCUCGGCUGCGCAGGACAGGGGUGGGGAAGGUUCAUGAUCUGGAGCUCAGCACGUGCUCAGCAAUGUUUCUCAUUUCAUUAGCACGAAACACAUCUCUUGCUCUCAGGAAUUUAUCAAAAAAAAAAAAGAAUAAAAACCACCUGAGAUUCCACACACCAGAUUAUGAACGUUUCUCGUAGGUUUGAAUUGCUUACUUGUCAUAAAUUAACCACGGCUUCGUUUGACCACCAGGUCUUAAGUCUGUUGACGGUUUCAGCAUGACCGAAUCGCUCAUUUUCUUUCUUUUUUAUUUUUUUUUUUGCUUUCUGAAAUUGGCUCGGUUCUCUUUAGAGUUGGUGUAAACAUGCCAUGUAAUAAAUGAUUUCUACUUAAUGGUACAACAGAAUUAUUGCUUUCUUUAGAUGUAUGUGUAGUAAAAGUCAAUAUACACAUUUAUAUAAUUUCUUCAAAAUCUUAUACUUUAUUUGAUAUUUCUAAAAAUUGCACAUGUAAGUCAUGUGUAUAACAUGCUAAAGUACUUUAACUGUGAUCUUAAAACUGAAUAAAAAUAUUUAAUAAAAAUUUGAAGUAUUUUAAA